GCCAAUCUUUAGUUUAAUUUUCAUUCACUUGGGAAGACAAACUACAUGCAGUUUAGUUAACUAUGUCUAUAGUUUUGGAUGUCGUACAAGCCAGACUGUUAUAAUAAACGUACUUGUUUGCCAACAGGUGUAAACGAAACUGCGAUGCAACAGUUAAUCCGUCGGAAGGUCUCGUUCUUGAGACCGAAAUUGACACAGCGGAAUCAGCAGCCAUUGUGGAAGCACGAUACCAGUGGCAUGUCUACGAGAGAGAUGAACAAGAAGGCAAGUCUGUUUGGAGAGAAGUUAUAGCUAUUGAUGAUACAAGAAUUCAUCAGCUUCAUCUCCCGGGGAACACUCUUCACCCUGGGAAUACUUACAAGGUGUCGGUUAUUGGAAUGGUUCCUGGUAGAACAAAUGGUUACAGUGAAUUAGCCUUCAGUGUGAACAUUCCACCGAUUGGUGGAAGCUGUUCUGUAGACCCAACCAGGGGCUUUUCUGAUGAUACAAUUUUUUCCUUUAAGUGCGAAGGAUGGACUGACAAAGAUCUUCCACUUUCAUACGAGUUUCAAUACCGAAACUCGUACGGAGUCGUGUCUCUUCUGUAUGAUGGCAUAUCACCUGUUUUCUUUACUAAGCUUCCGCUUGGAGAUGUGGAAAAUAAUUUUACACUGGAUUUUCAGGUCAAGAUUUUUGAUAGUCACAAAACGUACAGUGCAUCAAACAUCGAUGUCAAGGUGCUACUGGGAAGAAAUAGACAGAAUGAGACCUUCACGAAGUUUCAGAACUUUAUAAAAGAGUCACUGUCUUCCUUAAUAAGAGUGGGUAAGAUCCAAGAAGCCACUCGUGAAGUGAACGCAAUUGUCUCAGUCCUGAACUUUCAUGCUUUGCAAAAUGGAACCACAAGAAGGGAAGAACGACAGCAAGUGAGACGCUCAAUUGCACCACAAUAGGUUUAAUAGACAAUGAAGGAAAAAUUGAAGGGUCGUCCUCUACCUGUAGGAACUAGUUUCUCUUUUGGUCCCUAAAACGAUGGAUAGCCGGUCAAAGCGAUGCCCCCAACCCGUAGAAUACAGAAGAGGUUCCGUUUAUAACGGGCGAAUGAGUUCUAGAGAAGUAGUGCCUUUCUGAUUUUUGUCGUAUAUCCUGGUCAAUCAGUCAAUCGAUCGAUCGAUCGAUCGAUCGAUCAAUCAGUCGAUAUAGCUUUAACGAUGGAUUGAAUGACCAGUCAGUCAGUUAUUCAGUCCGUCCGUCAGUCAGUCAGUC